AAGAUUUGAAGUUCUCAAUGUUUGUUUUGGUAAAACUAGAGAAUAUAAAUUAAAAAUUAAAUAUCGUAUUGAAUUUCUAUGAUGAUAGUAUAACAAUGUUUGAACGAAAUUUAAUUUUAAAGCAUUUGGUUCUAAAGGAUUGUUUCCUAUAUGUCAACACGAAUUUAAAAUUUUUAAAGACUGGUACUUGUGUGCAACUCGUUGACUGCGAAAAUAAUGUAUUUUAUUUUUCGAUCGCAAACUAUUCAUCUGAAUUGGAAGAUAAUACUGUUGGAAUCAGUUCUUUACUGGCUAAGACUUUAGGCAUCCAAGAUAAUGUUUUAUGUCGAGUAUCUCAAAUAACUCCUUUUCCUUCAGUAGCAAGUCUUACAAUUUUUCCCGUAAAUCAAAAUGAUUACGAAGUUAUAGAAAUGUUAUCUGAUAAUAUUCAAGAAACCUUAUUAAAUCAAAUUAGAAUAGUUCAUAGUGGUCAAAAAUUUGUUAUUUGGAUAGGAAACAAUAUUAGUGCAACGGUAUGUGCUGGUAAUAUAAAUCCACUAUCGCCAGGAGCAAUAGAUUUUUUAACAGAAGUUCACAUAGAACCAGUUGUGAAUAAAACAGCAAUAAUUAGUUCCUCUACAAAAGAAAUACCCAAUACUAUUUUUAAUUUUAAAGGCUGGAAUUUUUUAAAUGAAAAUGUUGAUAUUGCAGGUAUUAAGCAGUUACAGGAGCAUUUAAAUUCUUCAUCGGAAUUGAUUUUCAGGAUAAUUCCCUUAGAAAAAUUACCAAUUAAACAGUAUAGUUUGCAGUCGAUGCAAUCUUAUUCAAUAUUCUUAUCAAGAAAGAAUUUUUCUGACGAUUUUUGUGAAAAGCAUUUUUCAACAAGAAUAUUUUCCAUAAGUCUUUUAACGAAUGAUGUAUUUGCGAAAGACCUAUAUGUAAAAUUAGAAUUUUUUGAAGAAAUUGAAGAUUUUGAUUUUGACUUGCGUCAAGAAUUAUAUAUUGGUGAAGAAAUAUUGAACUUUCUUGAUUGUGAAUUAGGAUCAAGAGUUAUUUUAAAAUCAAUCCAAAAAUACCCAAUUGUAAAUGAAAUACAAAUUAAUACUAAUAAAAAUUACUCAACCGAUGUAUUGGAAACGUUUAAAUUUUACUUAGCAAGAGGAAGUGAUCAUAAUUUUGUCUUAAAUAGUGGUAUACCCAUAGAUAUUGGCAAGAAUGUAAUUUGUAGUCUAAAAUUUCUUCCUGAUGAACCGAGGUUUUGUGUGGUGGAUGACAAUCUUGUUAGAAAUUGUAAAUAUGCAAUAAAUAUUGAAAAUGUUGUGAAAGAGAAUAUAAGAAAACAAAAUAGUAAACACAAUAAUUUUCCUCAAAAUAUUUCAAAUUAUAAGGACCUUAUUUGUGAUGGGAUAAAUAUUUUUUCUGCAGUUGAUCGGAUGGAGAACGUUUUGAUUACUGGAAAACCUGGUACUGGAAAGUCGACAGUUUUGAAACAAAUAGCGGAACAGUUACAGAACUAUCCUAAUUUUAUUUUUAUAAAGCAAGUCAGUUGUAAAACUAUAAAAGGAAAAACAAUGGAUUCAUUAGCAAAAUUUUUCUCUACUGUAUUUUCCGAACUUUUGUUACACAAACCUUCUGUAUUAAUUCUGGAUGAUUUACAUAUUUUAUGCGAGAACGUACAAGGGGAUGAAGUUGCUCCAAACUAUAUCUACUUUUCCAGGGUCAGUGAAAUGCUUCACAAUUUCUUUCAAUCGUUUUCUCACUUGAAGAAAAUUGGAAUUUUGGCAUCUUCAGAGUCAGUACAAAAAUUAAAUAAGAAUAUUUAUUCUUCACGAGGAAGCCAUUUAUUUAAGAACAUCUACGGAAUAAAAGAUUUGAUGAAAGCAGACAGAAUAUCUGCUUUAAAACAUUUAUUUAAAGAUUUUAAAAUAGAUGAAGUUGAUUUUAAUGAACUGUCUAUUAAAACAGAAGGAUUCGUUAUUCAAGAUUUAGUUGAUUUCGCGGACAAAACUGUUUUUGAAAUAUAUAAAAAUGAGCCUGAAGAACACAACUCCCUUUUACUAAGAAACGUUUAUCUGGAAAAGGCUUUGAAAAAUACCAUAGUAAUUUCUUUACAAAAUGUACAGUUGCAUUCUCCAGGAGAGAAAGAUUUCUCCAGUAUCGGAGGAUUGGAUAACAUAAAGAACGUUUUAGUGGAAAAUUUACUUUGGCCAGGAAAAUAUCCCAAUAUUUUUGCUGGUGCCCCUCUUAGAUUACAAUCCGGAUUACUGUUGUACGGUCCACCUGGAUCUGGAAAAACCGUUCUAGCCGCUGCAGCUGCUAAACAGUGCGGGAUGAGGUUAAUAUCUGUAAAAGGACCGGAAUUGCUCUCAAAAUAUAUUGGUGCUAGUGAACAGGCUGUAAGAGAUAUUUUCCAAAAAGCUCAGAGUGCAAGACCAUGCAUUUUAUUUUUCGAUGAAUUUGAUAGCUUGGCCCCAAAACGUGGUCAUGAUAAUACUGGUGUAACAGAUCGAGUAGUCAACCAACUCUUAACUCAACUUGAUGGCGUCGAGUCUCUCACAGGUGUAUGCGUCUUGGCGGCUACGUCACGACCAGAUCUAUUAGACUCUGCUUUACUUAGACCUGGAAGAUUGGACAAACAACUGUUGUGUCCUUUACCCAAUGAAGGCGAAAGACUUGAAAUUUUGAAGAUUCUUUCCAGCAACUUAAAUUUAGAGAACGAUGUUGUACUUGAAAAAAUUGCAGCUGAAACGGAACAUUAUUCAGGGGCUGAUUUGCAAUCACUUUUAUACACGGCUCAUAUGUUGACUAUAGACUAUUCUUUUGAAAAUGAACAGGUUUUAACUCAAGAUUCCAUAAUAACUCAGAAUCACCUUGAAGAAUCAUUGCAAAAAACGAAGCCUUCUUUAUCCAGUAAAGAACGAGAAAAAUAUGAGAGAAUUUAUGCGAAGUUCCAGACAGGUUCGAGUUUAGAAGACUUAAAGACGGGUACUAGGGCUACCUUAGCUUAAAUCAGUAAUUUUAAGGUUUUGUUAUAUUUAUUAACUUGUUGGUUUAAUAUAUGUUUGGUACUGUUUAAAUUUUAGUUUUAUUUAUA